AUGCUGUCUGAAGUAUGUCUUCCUAUGGAUAUGGAUGCGACGUUCGUGCCAUAUAAUUCAGCCAACGAAGAUGAGGAGGAAGAAGUAGAAGGAGGAAUGGAAGUAGAUUCCAACCGUAUGUUUCAUACUGAUCAAUAUCGAGCAUUCAGUGGUAAAAGCAAGAAAGUUGAUCGAGACCGCGAAAGCAGCGAAGCCAUUCCUUUGCCUACCAGCUUGGUAAUCGAUGGUAAUGUGCAGUUGAAUCGAGUUAUCAAGAAAACCUUGAAGAAGAACAAACGUGCAGCGAGGAAGCAAGGUAAUAUCAGGUGCUAUGUGAUUUAUCAUAAACCAUUGCUUUAGAG